AACCUGUUCGAUACGCCCGCAAACCCUCACACUAAUUGCGACUUCGAUCUCAGGAUUCAUUCCCCGACGCCUCCUCUCCCUGAUCCAUCUCGCCGCCGGCACACUCGCUCCGCCGCCUCCCUCUCGCCGUGGCCCCUCCCUCCAUUGCCGGGCACCCUCCGCCGCUCCCCAAAAUCCUCACCGCAGCGCCGACCCGCCUCCUGGACGAAUACCCAACGGAAGAGGAUGCUCGCGCGCGGGGAUCCCGGUGGUGGCCGCCGCCCAUGCCUGCGGGGCUCCUGGCUGUGGCCGCCGUCCUUGCUCGCGCGCGGGGAUCCUGCUGGUGGAGGCCGUCCGAGCAACAAGGAAAACAAGGGCGGCCAGGCCGUGGCUGUCGGCGCCGCCGGACGCCGGCAGGGGGGAUCGACGGAGGACGCCGGCAGGGCGGACCGACGGAUGCUGCAGCCGGCGACCACCUCCCCCAUCUUCUCCCCACGCGCGCCGGCAAAAUCCCUGGAGGCUGGACCUGCUGCUCCCGCCGCGCGCCAUCCACCUCUCUGUCCCGAUGCUGCCUCCCAGUCCCGGGAUGUAUUCAGAUUUGCCUCACAUGUGCGUAUUGGUCUGCAGUCCGUUGAAGAAUUGAUGAUUUGGGUCACUUGUUGUUGCAUAACUGUUUGCUUCGACUGUGUGAUAUGGAAUGCUUGACGGGCCGGACACGGAGAAUAGUAGAGCUGCGGUGGACCACUUGGCGUCGGCUGACCUGUGGGAGCACUUUGCUGAGAGCAGCGCCUAUGGCCUCGCCGUGCUUGUCCACCUCCUCGGCCAUGUCCUACCUCUCCGCCAUCCAGCUAUACACAGCCACCAGCCUCACCAUCUCCAGGAGAAGCAUGGGGAGUGCAAUGGAUUCCUGGAGGGGUGUUGGCUCGCGGGGCUCCUGGUGGUGGCCGCCGGCCAUGCCUGCGGGGCUCCAGGUUGUGGCCGCCGUCCUUGCUCGCGGGGCUCCUGGUGGUGGCCGCUGGCCAUGCCUGCGGGGCUCCAGGUUGUGGCCGCCGUCUUUGCUCGCGGGGCUCCUGGUGGUGGCCGUCCGAGCAACAAGGACAACAAGGGCGGGCAGACCAUGUGGCUCUCGGCGCCGCCGGACACCGCCAGGGGGAUCGACGGAGGAAGGCCUGGUGUGGUGGUGGCCUCACCAGGAUGCUGCAGCCGGCGACCACCUCCCCUGAUCUUCUCCCCACGUGCGCCGGCAACAUCCUUGGAGGCUGGACCUGCUGCUCCCGCCGCGCGCCAUCCACCUCUCUGUCCCGCUGCUGCCUCCCAGUCCCGGAACGCUUGGAUGGGCCGGACACGGAGAAGAGUAGAGCUGCGGUGGACUACUUGGCGUUGGCUGACCUGUGGGAGCACUUUGCUGAGAGCAGCGCAUACGGCCUCGCUGUGCUCGUCCGCCUCCUUGGCCAUGUCCUACCUCUCCGCCAUCCAGCUAUACACAGCCACCAGCCUCACCAUCUCCAGGCAAUCAAAUGGUUCUAGUGCUGAACAUUUUCUUACUGCAAACUUCAGAAUUCGAUUCAGAACCAACCACUGGUUUAUUGAUCCUUGCCUGCAAACUCAUGCGCUGGAGGAGCAUGGGGAGCGAAACGGAUUCCUUCACUCAAUUAGAAACUUGUCAUCUUAUCAUAUACCUGUGGCUGCGGUUUAUGGCUCGGCAUCAGCAUAGGUGGUGGAUGAACCCCUGGAGCCAACCUUCCACUUGUCUCUCGCGCCGUAGUAGAGACCGGUGGUGAUCUCUCUUGGCAGCGGAUGAGGGGCGCUGCUGGUGCCGCUAGAGAGAACACUGUCGUCCUCGCGUCCUGCUGCUUGGAUGAGGUAUCUGGCCAAGAUUUUAGUACCAGAAGGUUCAAACUAUGUUUAGGUUGGACAUCCCGUUUUUUUUUUCACGGUUGAAGACUCCAAGGAUAUUGCAAAGAUGCCUGCGGAUACCUCCUUUAGAGGUCAGCAUGAAGAGGAUCAGGCAAGUGGAAGUGCAUCACAAAGUAUUGAAGUUGAUGCCACUGAACAAAGCCUAGAAUUGAGACACAUCAGCCCAACAGCUAAGACGCUCAUCAAGUAACAUGGUCUUAAGAUCUCCUUGCUGAAGGCAUCAUGUCCAUGUGGGACUCUUCUGAAAGGUGACGUUUUGGCUGCAUUGAAGGCAUGCACUGCUUCAAGUUCAGCCAAAGAAAAGACAGCUCCCAACCAGCUUGUGAUUCCCAAACUCAAUCUCUAACCAUUUCACAAAAGAGCGGUACAUUUCAAUAUAUGACCAAUACUCAGAUAUGCAAGGGGAUCUAUUCCUAACGGCGGCAUUGUUGGGAGAUGCACGGUGUUCUUCAUAAGAACCCGUUUCCAAUAGCCAAGCUGAAGACAUUCAGUGAGGAACCCCCAUCCAUACCGCCACUUAUGGCUUCGACGUUGCUGGUCAUGGCCUCCUGGGCCUUGUGUGCGAUUGUAGUCCUGGCCAAACCUUGGCUUGGCCUGCUUCUUGCUUUGCCUCCGCUCUGGCUGCAUGGUUUAGGUUGUUGAGGUGAGUGAGAGCGAUACGGACUUACUGCGCUUGGCUGGUAUGGAGGUAGAACAGCGACAAGCUUGAUGGUAGCAGGCAUGGCCGGCACAAACAUUUUCCAAUGUUUUGUUGGUUGGUUGUUGUUGGAUGGAUACUAGUCGCUUGGACCUUUAUCCAUUGUGGUGUAUUCCUUCUUUCCCGCAACGUCGUUGGUGACACUUGUGUUUCGUUGGACGAGUGGGCUGCUCAUCCAACAGAACACACUGCUAACUGGAUGGCAUUAUACCCUGUGUUGACCCAACCACCGUGAGUGAUUCCCUGAAAAGAACCAGGGAAGUCACAUCCCAGCUAGUGAAUAUGGUGAUCAAAUAUUUGUGUCAAACGGAAACUUCACUGCGUUGGCAAAGCCUUUGUACUACAACCAGUCAACUGAUCUGAGUAACUGUACCUGGACCUGUGGGGAGGUUACCAUGGACAAUGCAACCCAGCUCAUCAUGUGGUCUAUCGAUAGGAGGCUGACGAAUCCUCCCCUCUCCGGUGCAAACUCGUCGACAUGAUUGCCACAGAGGGGAUGACGGCCUUCCUAGUCCUUGGUCUAUCAGCCAUCCUUUGCUGGUUGAUUUACGAGCAGGACAAUGAGGAGUAGAUGACGGCUUGAGUAAGCUAUAGUUGGAACCUGAUGCAUCAGUUUGAUGGAAAAAAAGCUAGAAGACUCCAGCGAUGUCAUAAUACGUGACACUGUUGUUUCCUUGGAUGAGUGGGUUGCUCAUCCAACAGAGCGUACAACUCUCUGGAUGUCAACCUGACUAACGCGAGUGAGUCCCUGAAAAGAUCCAGGGAAGUCACAUCCCAGCUAGUGAAUCUGGUGAUCAGAAAGUCAUGUCAAACAUGAACUUCCCUGUGUUGACAACACCUUUGUACUGCAACCAGGCAUCUGAUCUGAGAAACUGCUCGUGCACCUGUUGGGAGGUUACCUUAGAUAACGCAACCCAGUUUGUCAUUGGGUCUAUGGCUAGGAGGCGGAUGACUCCUCCCCUCUCUGGUGUAAACUCAUCGACAUGAAUGCCACAGAGGAUCUGGCUGCGUUCCUAGUCCUUGGUCCGGUGGCCCUCCAUUGCUGGCCGAUUUUCGAGCAGGGAGAAUGAGGAGCAGAUGGCGACUAGAGCAAGCAAUUGCUGGAACCUGAUGCAUCACUUGGAAGGAACAAAGCUAGAAGACCCUGGCGAUGUCACGAUAUCUAUGGUUUGCUUAUCGUAGAAGCCGUGACCUCCAGAGCUCAGUCCCUGAUAUAAAUUGGGAGACAGGACACCUCCUCCCUUCCCUGGCAUGUAAACAUAUAGUAUCUGCUAACAUUUUAAUAGCUUUAUUAAUUUAUCCCUCUUAAUUUUGGAACUUGCACUAAAUUAUUAUCAAUAUGUAAUUCUUGGUAAAAUCUUGGAAUAAAUGGGGCUUCUGGAAUUGUUUCAGAUGUUUGCUUCAUGACUUUUUAUUUCCUUUACCGCUUACUAGUUACUGCUUCAUGGAAUGUUUGUUGUGGUGAAGUCACUUGUACUCUAGUGUAUGGUCUAUCUUCUGAGAGCAACUCGGAUGAUGAAUAAAUUCACUUAUCGUAUCAACAUCUCAUAAUCCCUUUUAUCAUUACAGCGUUGUAGGUGACAUUUGUGUUUCCUUGGGCGAGUGGGUUGCUCAUCCAAUAGAACACACUGCUUUCAGGAUGAUAUUAUCCCCUGUGUCGAUCCGACAACCAUGAGAGUCCCUGAAAAGAACCAGGGAUGUCACAUCCAGAUGGUGAAUCUGGCGAUCACAAAGCCAUGUCAAACACGAGCAGCUUGUCAUGGAAGCUCUGAUCUCCGUUGCUUAGUCCCUGAACACUGCUGGGAUAUUGAUUGGGAGGCGGAUGACUCCUCCCCAACCUUGCGCAACCUUGACGCCAUGUCGACAUGAGCAUUCACCUCGUUGCAGUUAGCACUUAUGUUUGUUGAUUGGAUGGCUUCUGACCGUGAAGAAGCCAUGGGAUGGGCUGUCGUUGCUUCAUUACUUGUGAUACCUAUAACCAGUGUUCCUUAUUUAGUAGUUGGUAUGUGCCUUAGCUGCUGAUGCAUGUAUUUCCCCUGAUUUUUAAAGCUGCAUAUGUAUAGAAAUGAAGGUCAGCACAGCCUUGUUAGUGCGUGUUUGUAGCCUUUGUGGAGUUUGGCUUUUCCAUAACGUUGUGAGAUUGUUGGAUAUUUUUCUGGUUGAUUAUAUGUAACAUUGCCUGUGAUGUA